AUGGUGCUGCUGGCACCUUCAGUUAGCGCACUGAGAAAGCUGCUUAAUAUACGUGAGUCCUACGCGGAGUCACAUGGUCUAGCUUACAAUGUUAAAAAGACAGUGUACAUGGUCUUUAAGGCGGGAAACAAGUGCCCUACAAAAGUAGGACUUGUACCACCCGUGUUACUCAACGGUGUUACUCUUAAAAGAGUAUUUCAAUUUAAAUAUCUUGGGCAUUUGGUAACCGAGGAUCUUAGAGAUGAUGCGGAUAUGGAAAGGGAGCGCAGGGCAUUGUCAGUUCGGGCGAACAUGUUGGUUCGAAGGUUUGCUAGAUGUACGGAUACAGUGAAGAUAACAUUGUUUAAGGCAUUUUGUACAUCACUGUACACGCUCCCGCGCUUUUGCAGCGCUUCGAGCAUGUUCGCAGAUGCGCGUGUGGACGACUUUGAUGCAGUCUGGCGAAAGAAAACUGCCUCGCUGUUGAACAGAAUGCGCGGGAGCUGUAACGGCAUCCUGAAAGCGAUAGCUCAUAGACCUGAUUGCCCGAUGAUGUAUACUCGCACAGAGGCCAAUUUCAUUGUUAGUUAUUAA